AUGCAAGACAACGCAACAGUAUUUAAAAGUAUUGACAAAAAAAGUGAAAUAAAUUACCCGGUUUUAGUUCCUAAUUUAAAAGGCUUACAAAGUGCUCUAGAAGUUGGCGUAAAAGAGAUAGCAAUUUUCGGAGCAGCUUCUGAAUCUUUUUCUCACAAAAAUAUAAACUGCUCAAUUGAAGAAAGCAUUAAAAGAUUCAAAGAAGUAAUACUAGAAGCGCAGAAAAAUAAUAUUAAAACACGUGGUUAUAUUUCGUGCAUAGCAGGGUGUCCGUAUGAAGGAAAUAUUAAAGCGUCAGCUGUUGCGAAGGUUGCAGAUGCAAUGUUGCAACUAGGAUGCUAUGAAAUAUCACUUGGUGAUACUAUUGGCGUGGGUACGCCUAAAAAAAUAAUAAAUGUCUUAAAUGAAAUUAAACAUCUUUCAAAGCUAGGCAAUUUCGAAGAAUUCGCUCUUCAUUGCCAUGAUACUUACGGCCAAGCUCUUGCAAAUACUUAUGCGAGUCUUGAAUACGGAGUUAGAAUAUUUGACGCAUCAGUGGCUGGACUUGGAGGGUGUCCUUAUGCUGCUGGUGCAUCUGGAAAUUUAGCUACUGAAGAUCUUCUUUAUUUACUCAGCGAGCAAGGAUUUAAAACAGAUAUUAAUUUAAAUGAAAUUAUUGAAAUAGGAGAUUGGAUUAGCGGAGAAUUAGGUAGAACCAAUAUGUCAAAAGUUGGUCUUGCUACUAUUGCUAAAGAAAAAUUAAAAAAGAAAUCAGAGUGA